AUGUCUGACAAUGUUGCCCACGCUCUUAGCGGUGCCGGUGGUGGUAUCAUAGCUAUGAUUUUGACUUAUCCAUUGAUUACAGUUAGUUCUCGUCUUCAGGUGCAAAAAGACACAAAAGGAAUCGAUGCAUAUAAAGGAGGAUGGGAUGCCGCCGUCAAGAUUUUUAAUAAUGAAGGCAUUAAAGGGUUAUACUCAGGACUAAAUUCUGCCAUAUUCGGGAUUGCAGUGACAAAUGGUAUGUGCACUACAAAAGCAAUUUUUGAAAAAAGCAAACGUCCAAUGUCGGUCGUGGAAUCCAUAAUUGCUGGAACAAUAGCCGGUUCGGCUACAGUCUUGGUCACAAAUCCAAUUUGGGUGGUGAAUACUCGUAUGACAACAUGCAAAGUAUCUUUGGAUGAAGGUGAGGGAGAAAGAACAAAACCAAGAAAGUUGGGAACCAUCGCGACGAUCUUGAAAAUUAUCAACGAAGAUGGGCUUAAAGCUUUCUGGCAAGGUGUCAUCCCUGCCCUCAUUUUAGUGACUAAUCCAAUUAUCCAAUACACCGUAUUUGAACAAUUAAAAUCUCGAAUAGAAAAAAUGAAAAAGUUGGGAAAUUUAGAUUUUUUCCUAUUGGGAGCCAUUGGUAAACUUGUCGCUACCAGUUCCACUUAUCCUUACAUCGUUAUUAAAUCACGCAUGCAGUUACGUCAAUCUUCACUAGAAAGUGCACGUUACAAGAAUACAUGGGAUGGGCUUCAAAAGAUUAUUACAAAUGAAGGUUAUGGGGGACUUUAUAAGGGGAUCACAUCAAAACUACUUCAAUCUGUUUUAACGGCUGCAUUUUUGUUUAUGUACAAGGAGGUUUUGUUUAAGUACACCAUUGCAUUUUUGGCAUUACGGAAGCGCGUUAUCUAA